AUUUUGCUUCCUGCUUGCUAGUCUCUGAAAACAAAAAUCUCUACAAAUAAAACUCCAAGCGUUCAUUCUUCAACGCUUCUAGAGCACAUCCAGGUCUGAAUUUUCCUGGUCCAAAACAUGUGAUCUCCGCAGUCUCUGAAUUCCACACCAGCCAACAACCCGGUCCACUCUUGCUUGCGCGCCCCGGCCGCCACAUCUAUAUAUAAGUAACCUUGAUGCUUCACCGUUCAGCACACACACAAUCACCCAACAAAGACUCUCAUCAGUGACCAGUAAGUCUUCAGUUCUUCAACCGACUUGUAGCCACCAUGGUUGUCGGCAAAGUCACACUGGAGUACUCGGUGGCCGUGUCGGUCGAGCUGCUGUGGAAGGUGGUCUUCUCCGGCGACGUGUCCAUCCUCACCAAGGCCUGCGUCGGAAUGAUCGACGCAGUAGAGGUCGAAGGCGACGGCGGGCCUGGGAGCGUCACCACCAUGAAGCUCAACCCUGCUGUGGGCGACGCAAAGGUGUUCAAGACCAAGCUCCUGUCCCGCGAUGCGGCGGCGCGCGUGGUGAAGUCGGAGAUGGUGGUGGAGGGCAGCGAGCUGGCCGUGAAGUAUAAGUCGCAGGUAUCCGAGGUGAAGGUGGUGCCGGCCGGCGAGGGCGCUAGCGUGGUGCACAUGACGGUGGAGUAUGAGCUGGUGGACAGCACGCUGCUGCCGCCGGAGGAGGAGGCCAGGAUUGGGCAGGGCUACCUCGGCCUCAUCAAGAAGGUGGAGGAGUACCUCGUCGCACACCCCAGCGAGUUCGCCUAAAGCUACCAUAAGCAUCAUCGUGGCCAUGGGGCUAGAGAAAUCCGUGUUAAAUAAUGAUGGUGAUCAUGCCAUGGGUAUGUUCUUGAUUUGAAAAUCGGAAUAACGAGAGGAAAUGAUCCUCUGCCUGGUCGGUCGAUUGUGCUUGUGUGGUUGUAGGGAAACAACAGUUUCAGUUUUUGUGAGAACACUUUAUGUUCUAUGUUCUUUUUUUUGGUGCGUGUCACCUGCGAGUCAAUACCAGUUUGUAUGUCUUCCUCCA